ACAUCAAGCGACUACGAAAUGUUUUAGAUUAUCAAGUCUAUCAUCAGAUGAGGAUCCGAUUACACAAAGAUACGAACGACAGGUGGGUCAAGCCCACAUCGAGAGUCGCUUGACCGAGCCUCAUACUCGCUGUGGUAUACCACAAACUCCUCACCGGUCAGACAGACCAUGUGAGGAAGACCCUGCAUUAUCACAGUUAUUUAUCACACCAGAUUCAGUUCGAUCUGCAAGCGGGUUAUCAGCCAGCUGGACUGACACGCGGAAAGCCCGAAAGGGUCCAGUUUUCUGCGCCUGGGUGCAAAUGCCUUCAGCCCCUCAAAUGGCCAUAACUAGACAGUUGAGACUGCAUGCGACAUGGCAAGACAAGUCUACGAACCACUAAGGCACAUCGGAGUGAGUGAUAAGAGCAUGCGUGUCGCUCCCUCGGUGACUUAUUUGCCUGCUUCGACAAGUUGCUCCCAGCUCAUAUCGCUGGACGUCGGAGGGCCUGUGUUUGUGGUCUCGGUAUAGGCAAUAAUCCUUGGUGGGAC